AUGACAUCGGAACAUAAUAGUUACGUAUAUUGGAAUUAUAAUUCAGGUCAUAGUAAAUCAGAAAUCAAAACAUUAUCACUUAUACCAAAUACAGAUAUUUUAGUUACAUUAGGUAAAGGGGAGAAAGAAUUACGACUUCAUGAUAUUUAUCAACGUGAUAAUCCACUAAUAGCCAAUAUCGAAUCAGGUAAUGGACAAGAUAAUAUAUCAUGUUUAGAUACAUUUAUGUUUAAAGGAAUAACAGGAUCAAAAGAUUCAAUUACAUACCUUGAUUUUAAUACGGGUGAAAAAAUUUCAGAAUUUAAAAAUAAAACAUCGGAAGGAAAUUCAAAUCUAACAGGAUGUAAAUUUAUGAAUGAUAAAUUAAUUUCAGUUUGGUCUAAAGAUCAAACAUUUCUGUUAUAUGAUAUACGUAAAGAUAAUUCAGGACCAAAAUCUCAAAUUUUUCAAUUUCUGGGAGAUAAUUCAUAUACUUGUGCUGGAUUUACUGGGAAUUAUAUUAAUGUUGGAACUAAUAUUGGAAGAGUAAUUUCUCUUGAUUUAAGGAAACUGGUUAUGCAUAAUGAUAGAGUUUCAAAUUAUUCAAUAACAUCGAUCGAAUCAUUUUCCGGAGAUACUAUAUUAACUCUGGAUUUUAAUGGUGGGGUAAGAAUUUAUAAUUUAGAUACAGGGAAUAUUUUACUACAUUAUGAAGUUGAUGAAGAAAUAAUUAAUGAGAAAAAUGGAUAUAAGAAUGGAUAUGAUAAAAAAAAACAUACUGAUUCUGAUUCUGAAGAUGAUGAUAAUAGUAUUGAUCAUGAAGGAUUAAAAAUGAAAUAUAAUGCAAGUUUUAUUCCUGAAAGUAAUAAACUUAUACAUGGUACUGAUUUUGGUAAGAUUGAAAUAUCCAAAUUAAAUGUAACACCAACUGGGAAACUUCCGUAUGGUGUUAGUACCGAAAAACCAUUGAUUGCUUCAUAUGAUACAAGAGAUGCAAAAUCUCAAACAAUUAAUAUUGUCAAAUAUGAUAAAUUAAAAGAAAGAUUAGUUGCUACCUCAUUAGAUGGUCAAUUACACAUAUGGGAUAAUUUACCUCUAUGA